AUGGCAGUUCCAGUGAUUAAAUUUCCGACCUUGAUGAUGGUAGUGAGGUUAAUGGGAGUGGUAGUCACUUCUCUUGUCUUAACAUGGACAAUUAAUUACAGAGGAGGAUUGGCUCUUGUCUCUGAUAACAAAGAUCUCAUCUUCAAUGUACAUCCUGUUUUAAUGGUUAUUGGGCUUGUACUGUUGAACGGUGAAGCUAUGUUAGCCUACAAAACGGUUUCGGGAACAAAAAACUUCAAAAAAUUAGUUCAUAUGACAAUACAGUUCCUCGCUUUUUGUUUAAGCUUGAUUGGCUUAUGGGCUGCUUUGAAAUUCCACAAUGACAAGGGCAUCGACAAUUUUUACAGCCUACAUUCUUGGUUGGGACUAGCUUGUCUUUUCCUCUUCGGGAUCCAGUGGGCUGCUGGGUUUGUAACCUUUUGGUAUCCAGGAGGCUCAAAGAAUAGCAGGGCCACCUUGCUCCCAUGGCAUGUGUUCUUUGGGGUUUAUAUUUACGCACUUGCUGUUGCCACUGCUACUACUGGUAUUUUAGAAAAACUCACAUUCCUACAAACCAACAAGGUAAUAUCCCGCUACUCCACUGAAGCUUUGCUGGUGAACUCAUUGGGUGUCCUGAUGAUUGUUCUGGGUGGUUUUGUUGUUCUUGCAACAAUUACUUCCCUGAAUAGCAAAGUUGACAUCCCCAGAAAUGCAGCAGAGUAG